AUGAGCAAAACAAUCUUAUCAGGCAAGGCUAACCUAGUGGCGGACGCGUUGAGUAGACGGAGGUAUGAUUCCGCAGUUGAGCGAGAUGUGGAGUCUCUAGUUGGCGAGAUCAGUACCUUGCAGUUUGCUGAUGCGACGAGAGUGACUGGUUCUGAGUAUGAGGUCUCUGCGAAUGGGACUAUCUUGGUUCGUGGGCGAGUUUGUGUGCCUAAGGAUGUGGAGUUGAGACAUCAGAUUUUGGGAGAGGCUCACGCGAGCAAGUUUUCCAUUCAUCCGGGAGCGACCAAGAUGUACCAUGACCUCAAGAGGUACUAUCAUUGGGUCGGGAUGAAGAGGGAUGUAGCAGACUGGGUUGCGAAGUGCAACACUUGUGCCUUGGUGAAGGCAGAGCAUCAGGUUCCGGGUGGUCUUUUGCAGAGUUUACCCAUUCCAGAGUGGAAGUGGGACAGGAUUACGAUGGAUUUCGUGGUUGGACUACCUGUUUCGAGGACUUUCGAUGCUAUCUGGGUGAUUGUGGAUCGGUUGACUAAGUCCGCACAUUUCUUGGCCAUCAAGAAGACAGAUGGAGCUGCUGUCUUGGCUAGGAAGUUUGUGCGAGAGAUUGUGAGGCUGCAUGGAGUGCCAGCUAGUAUUGUGUCAGACCGUGAUCCCAGAUUCACUUCAGAGUUUUGGAGGGCGUUUCAGGCAGAGAUGGGCACUAAGGUGCAUCUGAGUACAGCUUAUCAUCCGCAGACAGAUGGUCAGUCAGAGAGGACUAUUCAGACUUUGGAGGAUUUGCUGAGGAUGUGUGUGUUGGAUUGGGGUGGCCAUUGGGCAGAUCACCUGAGCUUAGUUGAGUUUGCAUACAACAACAGCUUUCAGGCGAGUAUUGGCAUGGCUCCAUUUGAGGCUUUGUAUGGGAGGCCAUGUAGGACACCCCUAUGCUGGACCCAAGUGGGGGAGCGCAGCAUGUAUGGAGCUACUUAUGUUCAGGAGACGACAGAGAAGGUUCGUGUUGUGAGGCUGAACAUGAAGGAGGCUCAGGAUAGGCAGAAGAGUUAUGCAGAUAGACGCAGACGAGAGCUUGAGUUUCAGGUGGGAGAUAGAGUUUAUCUCAAGAUGGCUAUGUUGAGGGGUCCUAACAGAUCCAUAGCAGAGAACAAGCUGAGUCCGCGUUUUAUGGGUCCGUUUCCAGUAGUGGAGCGAGUUGGGCCAUUGGCUUACAGGCUGGAGUUGCCUGAGAUUAUGAAAGCCUUUCACAAGGUUUUUCAUGUGUCGAUGCUGAGGAAGUGUCUUCACCCUACAGAGGAGUUAGUGGCUAGGAUUCCAGAGGAUCUUCAGCCAGAUUUGACAGUGCCGGCAGUGCCUGUGAGGAUUUUAGAGAGGAGGGAAAAGGUUCUGAGGAACAAGAGGAUUCCCUUACUGAGGAUUUUGUGGGAUUGCAGUGGUUCUACAGAGGAGACUUGGGAGCCAGAGGCAAAGAUGAAGUUGAAGUUCAGGAAGUGGUUCGACAAGCAGGUCGAGGAGUGA